AUGUUGAGAUCGGUUAAGCAGAAAUCAAGUUUGUUAAAGAAUGUUUCUACAGCUAAUUAUAGAAGAAUGAUAAAUAAUAAACCAUUAGCAAAUAUUGAAAAUGUUAUGAAUGUGCCUGUUCAUUUUACUGUUAAAGAUACAGCAAGAAUUAUUACUUUAAAUAGACCAAAUAAAUUAAAUGCUUUGAAUACUGAAAUGUCAGAUUCUAUUUUCAACACUUUAAAUGAAUAUGCAAAGAGUAGUGCAACAAAAUUGAUUAUAUUUAACUCAUCUAAUCAACCGAGAUCUUUUUGUGCUGGCGGUGAUGUUGCUACUGUUGCAAUUGAUAAUUUAAAUCAAAAGAUAAAAGAUUCUAUUAAAUUUUUUGAAUCUGAAUAUUCUUUAAAUUUUCAAAUAGCUACAUAUGAUAAACCAAUCGUUGCUAUAAUGAAUGGUAUCACAAUGGGUGGUGGUGUCGGAUUAGCUAUACAUGCUCCAUUUAGAAUUUCCACUGAAAAUACAAAAUGGGCAAUGCCUGAAAUGGAUAUUGGGUUUUUCCCAGAUGUUGGUACAACUUUUGCUUUACCAAGAAUUUUAAAUAUUUCAAAUGAAAAGUUACAAAUGGCAGCAUAUUUAAGUUUAACUGGUGAAGUUAUUAAUGGCGAAGAUGCAUAUUUAAUGGGUCUUUCAUCACAUUAUAUUAGUCAUGAAAAUUUGAAUUCUUUAGAGACAAGACUAGGGGAAUUAUUAUUAAAUGAAAAGACUGGUACUGAUAGUAAUAAAGAAAAUAUUUACAAAAAAGUUAAUAUUGCACUUGAAGAAUUUUCAUCAGAAUUGCCUAAAGAUUAUAAGUUUAAAUAUAAUAAUCAUCAAUUAGAUGUAAUUGAAAAGGUAUUUGAAAUUGAUUCAAAGACAAGUAUUGAAAAAAUAUUGAAAAAUUUAGACGAUAUUAAAAAUCCAGAUGAAAUUGAUUUUGCUCAAGAGAUUAAAUCUAAACUAUUAACAAAAUCAAUUCCAUCAUUACAAGUAGCUAUUAGGUUAUUACAACAUAAUUCAAAAGAUAAUAUCAGUAGUGCUUUGAAGAGAGAUCUAUUCACUGCAGCAAAUUUCUGUUAUGCAUCAAAGAACCCAGACUCUCCAAUCGAAUUUACACAAAGUGUUAAACAUAAACUAAUUGAAAAAAAUAAAAAUGCCUAUAAUUGGAAACAAACGGCACCUCUAGAUCCUUUACAAGUCAAUUCUUUAAUUUCUCCUAGACCUUCACUCUUGACAGCAUUAAAGAGAAAUACUGAAAACAUUACUUGGAAUAACUAUCCAUAUCAUUCAAAAUUCCAACUUCCAAGUGAAUCAAUAAUAAAUAGUUAUAUUAAAAAGGUCAAUGAAACUAAUAGAGCAACUGAUGGUGAUAUAAGUAGAAGUAUUACUAAAAAAGAAGUUGUCAACUAUUUCACAAAUUACUCAGACGAUUUUAAGGGUAAAAAUGCAGUUGAUAAAAUUGCAUCAUUAAUUUGUGAAAAGAACUUUAAUGUUGAUGAGUUCAAUGGUUUGAUAUCAAAAUCCAAAGACUUAUAA